UGUGAGUGGGGUCUCUUAUCCGUUAUCCUUGUGCUCUCUCCACACAUAUUUCUACUACCAUUCUUUAUUUGACUUGAGCACAUUACCUACUCAUACAGGUUAUUUCUACCAUUUCACUCUAUUUGCUUGCAGACUUACCAUUCAUUGUCUUCUAUCUUUCCUCCCUCUGUUUUACAUAUUCUCUGAUGAUUGAUCUGCCUCUUAUCAAUUACUCUCCCCUUUCGUUCAUUUCCCUCCCAUGGCAACGCCCAAUGAGAGUAGCAACGCCUUUGAGGAAGUUGUGCCGAAAUUUUCAUCAUCUUCAAAACCAAGGAAAAGGGUGCCCUGCGAUAUAUUCAUAAAUCAUCGUGGCCCUGACACCAAGCACACACUGGCCACCUCUAUCUACCAUACCCUGAAACCUAUGGGACUUGAAGUUUUCUUAGAUGAUCUGGAGCUUGAACUGGGCGAUUUUAUACCAUCUGAAAUACAAGAUGCCAUGACUAAUUCUUUCCUUCAUAUUGCCAUAAUUUCGCCCAAAUAUGCAGAAUCUCCCUGGUGUUUAGCCGAAUUAUCAUUUGCGCUCAAAUCAGGCAAGAAAAUUAUUCCUGUCUUCUACAAAGUUGAUCCCAGUGAUAUUCGCUGGAUUGCCAAAGGAAAAGGAGUCUACAGUGAUGCAUUUUCCAUGCAUGAGGAAAGCGGCAGAUACAGUUCAGCAAAACUAGAAGAUUGGAAAUUGGCGCUGCAAAACGUUACAUAUGUUACUGGCUACAUUGUUAAAGAGAAUGAUGAUGAAGAGAAAGAGAAGUUGUUGAAGGCUAUUAAAGAUUAUAUAGAGAAGUACUCUCAAAAGAUGCCAUUACUGGUGGCCAAUUAUCCUAUGGGUCUUGAUGAAAUAUUACAAGACUUUGAAAGAAAUACAUUUGACUCUUUUAAAAGUAAAAAAAUUGUGGGGAUUGUUGGGAUGGGUGGAUGUGGUAAAACUACACUAGCAAAAGAAUAUUACAAUAGGACUAGAUUCUCCAUAUAUAAAUGCAGUUUUAUUCAUAAUGUCCGGGAUGGGUCAAAUAAAGAUUUGCAUAACAAGCAAAAAAAGAUGCUACAAGAUCUUGGUUUCAAUGAUGCAGAAAAAGUUGAUAAUGUAGAAAUGGGAAAAGCAAUUUUAGCAAAGCAUUUGAGUUCCGUUCAAGUGUUUAUCAUUUUAGAUGAUAUAGAUCAUCAAGAUCAACUAGAGUCUCUAUUGCCAAUAAAAGAUAGUCUUCAACAAGGAAGUGUGAUUGUUGUCACAAGUAGAGAAUCUGGGAUUCUAACAUCAUGGGGAAUCUCCUCCAUUUACAAGAUGAAAGAAUUAAAUCCCAAACAUGCCAUGAGACUAUUUUGUUGGCAUGCUUUCGAACAACCGACUCCAAUAAAUAGAUUUGAAAAUCUUGUACAAAAGUUUUUAAAAGUCUCCAAAGGAUUGCCCUUAUCCCUUAAGAUAUUAGGAGGUCUAGUUCAUGGAAUGCCCCAAGAUUAUUGGGAUUCUCAAUUAAACAAGGUUUCCAGAGUGUUGCCCAAAGACAUAAAAAGCAUACUAAAAGUUAGCUUUGAUGCACUAGAUAAGGAAGAAAAAGAGAUAUUUUUAGAUAUAUCUUGUUUCUUUAUAGGAAUGCCCGAAAAGUUGGCCGUCACAGUGUGGGAUGGGUCUGGAUGGAGUGGGUUGCAUAGUUUGACAAUACUGAAGAACAAGUGUCUGGUUGAGCUCGAUGAGCGGAAUUGCAUUGUUAUGCAUGAUCAUCUGAGAGAUUUGGGGAAAGAAAUUGUAUUGGAAAAAGAACUUGAUAAAUCUCCGUACCGUCUUUGGUCACCUCAGCAAAUUCGCGACAUUGAAAUAGAGGGGCAGGAAGGCGCGCUGAUUCGGGGGAUUAGGGGGAUUCGAGCAGAAACAGGUGAAUUUUAUGAAGAAUGUAUGGAGCUUGUGGAGCAUGUGAGAAGAUCACACAAAAGGUUUAAGCGGCAAUUAGAAAUCAUGGUUGUCGAAAACAACUAUUUUACAGAAGAAUUAGCUACACUAUCAGCAGGCCUUCUCUGGCUGAGAUGGGUUGACUUUCCGCACACAGCUCUUCCGCCAUGGCUUCCGUUGAAAAAGUUAAGAGUUUUAGAGCUUCAUGGUGCUGCCAAAUUAGAACAACUGUGGAGCGAGACUGCCGAUCCUCCUGUGCAGUUGAGAGAGCUGAUUAUCUCUGAUACCCAAAGAUUCCUGAGAUUUCCGAGCUCGAUAGGACGUCUACAGGAUUUGAAAAAGAUAUCAGUGUGGGGUAUCCCAUGGAGUAUCGAAGAUCUACCAGAAGAGUUUUGUGGGCUCCAAUCGCUGGAGCACCUGGAGUUGAGCGGAUGUGAGAAGCUUAAGUCACUGCCUAGCAAGUUCGGCAAUUUGAAAAACCUGCGGCAUCUGAGUUUGAGUGGUGCUGCGUUCAUGAUGUUGCCAGCUUCAUUCAAGCAACUCAUAAAUUUGCAAUACAUUUAUUUAUAUGGUUGCUUCAAGCUCACCUUGCAGCCGGACAUUCUUGAAAAUAUGACAAAGCUGGAGGCUAUUAAUGUUUUUGGAUGUGAAUUGCAGAGGUUGCCAUCUCAAAUCACAAAUCAGGGAUCACUCAAAAAUCUGGAAGUGGGUUCGGCAAGCUUAAUGGAAUUGCCAAAUAACAUUGGUCAACUGAGCAAACUGGAAGAGCUGAUAAUAAGAAGCAGUUCAUUGAAAACUUUACCAUCUUCUAUUGGGAAUUUGUACUCCUUGACCAUUCUUGAAAUUUGUUCUUCUAAGUUGGAAUCCUUACCAGAAGCACUUACGCAGCUUACUAGCCUUCAUAGUCUAAAUAUUCGGGAGUGCCCCCUAAAAGAAUUGGAUAUCCUCUCGGGUUCCUUUUCUUCUUCGUUGUGCAGCCUUAGAUUUAUAAAUUUGCAAGAGACUCUUGUGUCGAGAAUAUCAAUUUCUGAACAAUGUUGCCCCAGCCUGGAAUCUCUAUCACUUAGGGAAAAUCACCGGUUAGUAGAGAUAGAUAGCUUGCCGAUAUCAGUGAAGGCCAUAGUUUUGAGAAAUUGUGAAAAGCUGAAAAGCAUAAGCGGUGUUUGUGGCCUGGUCAAUCUUGAGGAGCUGGUUUUGAAAUACUGUGGGGAGGAAUUACAAGAGCUUCCAAAUUUUGAAGAACUUGUCUCACUCAAAGAAUUUGAAAUCACAGAUUCUGCUGAACAGCUGAAGAUUAUAGAAGGCUUCGAAUAUUGCAGGUCAUUGGAGACAUUGAUAGCAUACACUUGGUGGAAGGUACCAGUUAUAAAAAGUCUGGAGAAUAUGGAGAGUUUGAGAAGAGUAGAACUCUUAGCAUGGAAUGACAUAUCGUCAUUAGAACCUUGCCUUCAAACUAUUAAGAAAUGGCCAUCAGAAUGUAUAAUAUGUGCAAAGGCAGGGAGUGGUGUGGAGGCAGCUCUGAAGUCAUUCAGCUUCCCGGGUCUCACUUUAUUUGACUCAUGCAAAUGGAAGGGGAAGAACAUUCAACUGACGUUGAAAUGUGGGCACAGACAUUCCAACAACGCGGCAGCAAUGUUUUGCUUUGUUAUAAAUUCCAUUUCCCAUUACACCCAUUUAUGCUUGUGGGGUUUGGCUGCGCCGCCAAUGGUGGUGAAACCAGGGAAAUGGGUAUGGAUAGGUGUUUUCACACAAUCUUCUCCUUUAGGAAGGAACGAGGAAUUUUUGCUAGAUAAAUGGGGUUACAAUGUACCAGAUGACGAAGACGGGGGUACUGAAGAAGAUAUGGGAAUGUUAAUGAUGGGCGAGGAAGAAAGGGUUGUGGAAGCUUUCUACCAAUUACUACAAUAUUUGGGAAAAUUAUGUGACAGGAGUAUGAAUCUAUGAUAAUUAUAAUACAUUAUUAAAUAAUAGAUUUUUAAUA